AUGAAGGAUACAAAAAUAUCAUCCUCAUCGGUGUGUGAUAGUUGGGUGCAAAAUUUAACCGACGAGAAUCUACCUAGCUGUGUUACUCGAUCACUCCAGCUGGGCAGCGGUUUCAAUUGUCCCAAUCCACACUCGAUUCCAUACGUGAUGAUUUUAUCCGAAAUUGAAAGUGUGAUACAAUACCACACACAAGCAGAUAGAAUUCGAUUCGAUAUUUCAAAUGCCAUUACCAACCACAUCAAUUACACAAACCAAUCAUUCCAUGACGAGCAUGAAUGGAUCCGGAAAGAAAUGAAUCAGGCCAAGAAGUUUCUGAAAGAUCGCCUUGAUUUAACAGUUACUAAAGCGGAUAAAGGGAAACACAUAGUGGUUAUGAAAACGGAGGACUACAAACGAAAAAUGAAUGAACUAGUUAAUGAUACAGAAACAUAUGUUGAGUUAUCGAAGGACCCGACAACUAAAACGUUGAAAUUAAUAAACACCACGAUCGACAAAUGGGUUAGCAGUAACUUUAUCGAAAAACCCAUUGGGAGGAAAUUAAAGGUGUUUCACUGCAAUCCUCCAAGGGCAUACGGUUUGCCGAAAACCCACAAGGAAGAAAUUCCACUUCGGUUGAUUGUUUCAACUAUUGGAACAGCAACUUAUAAAAUGGCAAAAUUUCUGACUAGCAUCUUGAACGGGAUUGUUGGCAAAACUGAACACCACGUGAACAACAGUUUUCAGUUCGCGGAGGAAAUAACGAAAAAAGUUCUCCCAGUGGGUUCAGUUUUGUUUUCGUUAGAUGUGGUGUCCCUGUUCACUAACGUCCCAGUGGACUAUGCUAUCCAGUCAGUGGAACUGCGCUGGACAGAAAUAGCGGAACACACAGACAUAGAAAAGGAAAGCUUCAUAGAGAUGUUGAGAAUUGUUUUACAAUCCAACUUUUUCCAACUAAACGGUAAAAUCUAUGCUCAAAAGUUUGGUGUACCAAUGGGGAGUCCGCUGAGUCCGGUGAUAGCAUCGAUUGCACUGGAACGAAUCGAAAAAGCUGCGCUUGAAGCGUUAUCGGAACGAGACAUUAUUCCUGUUUUUUAUAAACGGUACGUGGACGACUGCCUGGUUUGUGCCAAACUGAAUGAACAGCAAUCUAUUAUGGAUAUGUUCAAUGGCAUGCAUCAACGGCUGAAGUUCACAAUCGAGCAAGAAGUGGAUGGCAAAAUCAAGUUUUUAGACAUGAUCAUACGACGUGAAGAGGGCGGCUUGACGACAGAGUGGUUUCCGAAGGAUGAGAACGGACGAUACCUGGACUUUGGAUCGCGCUGUGAGAUCUAA